AGGCUGAGCUCCAUUGGAUGGAGCAAUGUGCCUUAGCCAGGGCUGCGCUCUCCGGUGUAACAGUCACAGGCGGGAGAGAGGGGCAAGCGCGCUCUGUCCCUGGCUCCCCCGGGCACGGGGCUAGGUGCGCGUGCAGCUCUCUCGGCGCCAGUUUGCGCGCGCUCUCUGUCGCAUAUGCAAAUCCGCGCACCCCCCCAGCCGGAGUUAGGAUGCUGCUGCCGCUGCUGCCGCUUCUUCCUCCUCUGCAAGACCCAGCUCCCGCAGACUUGUUCUCAGGACUGUGAAAUGACCAGUCCUCUUCACCGAGCAGCAGCAGCAGCCUGGGCACCUGACCGCCGCCGCGCAACCUUGAGCAGACCGGGGGGGAGAAAAGGGCUCCUCUCCUCACCUCUCCUCCUGUGCCUGGGUGCGGUGGCAAAGCCGGGGGGGCUGUGAAAGCAGCGCAGACUCGGGGCACGUUGGUGGCAGCCUUUGGGCUCCCCAGACCGGACGAGUGGCAGAAGAAGCAGCCACUUGAAGAAGGGAGAGGCUCUUGAAAAGCUGCUCCCCUCUCCUUCCCUUCCUCCCCCACUCCCCCCUUGCCCAAAGAAAGUGGAGUGCGGGGCUUGCUUUUUCCCGAGGACUGCUGCUGCUGCUGGUGGUUGUUUUCCUCCUUGGCUUGCUCCUCUGACCAGCCAUGGGGAAAGGUCUGGAAAGCACGGCUGCCCGAUGCGGACUGGGACUGGGAUACUUACUGCAAACGUUCGUGUUACCUGCCCUGGCUAUCCUGAGCGCCAGCAGCACGGGCUCCGCAGCGCAAGAUGAUGAUUUUUUUCAUGAACUUCCAGAAACCUUUCCAUCUGAUCCUCCAGAGCCUCUGCCUCAUUUCCUCAUUGAGCCUGAAGAAGCUUACAUCGUAAAAAACAAACCUGUGAACUUGUACUGCAAAGCCAGCCCUGCCACCCAGAUCUAUUUCAAGUGCAACAGUGAAUGGGUUCACCAGAAGGACCAUGUGGUGGAUGAGCGAGUAGAUGAAACUUCUGGUUUGAUUGUUCGGGAAGUGAGCAUUGAGAUUUCCCGUCAGCAGGUGGAAGAACUGUUUGGACCUGAAGAUUACUGGUGCCAGUGUGUCGCUUGGAGCUCUGCCGGCACUACUAAGAGUCGAAAGGCCUAUGUUCGCAUUGCAUAUCUCCGGAAGACUUUUGAACAGGAGCCCCUGGGGAAAGAAGUGUCUUUGGAACAGGAAGUCCUUCUCCAAUGCCGUCCACCUGAAGGCAUCCCAGUAGCUGAGGUGGAGUGGUUGAAAAAUGAAGAGGUGAUUGAUCCCGUUGAAGAUCGGAAUUUUUACAUCACCAUCGAUCACAACCUGAUCAUCAAGCAGGCACGUCUUUCUGACACAGCUAAUUACACCUGUGUCGCCAAAAACAUCGUCGCCAAGAGGAAAAGCACUACUGCCACUGUAAUUGUCUAUGUCAAUGGCGGCUGGUCUACCUGGACUGAAUGGUCAGUGUGUAACGGUCGCUGUGGAAGAGGCUAUCAGAAGCGUACAAGGACCUGCACCAACCCUGCCCCACUCAAUGGUGGUGCCUUCUGUGAGGGCCAAAGUGUCCAAAAAAUAACUUGCACCACUCUGUGUCCAGUGGAUGGUAGAUGGACAGCAUGGAGUAAGUGGUCUACCUGUGGAACAGAGUGUACCCAUUGGCGCAGGAGGGAAUGCACAGCGCCAGCACCGAAGAACGGUGGGAAAGAUUGUGAGGGUCUCGUUCUGCAGUCCAAGAACUGCACAGAUGGGCUGUGUAUGCAGAGUUUCAUUUAUCCUAUUUCAACUGAACAGAGAACCCAGAAUGAAUAUGGAUUUUCUUCUGCUCCUGACUCAGAUGACGUAGCUCUCUACGUUGGCAUUGUGAUAGCUGUAAUCGUGUGCCUGGCUAUUUCAGUGAUUGUGGCACUGUUUGUGUACCGGAAGAACCACCGUGACUUUGAGUCAGAUAUUAUAGACUCCUCAGCACUAAAUGGCGGAUUCCAACCCGUUAACAUCAAGGCUGCAAGACAAGAUCUCCUGGCAGUGCCACCAGACCUCACAUCUGCUGCAGCCAUGUACAGAGGUCCUGUCUACGCCUUGCAUGAUGUCUCUGAUAAAAUCCCAAUGACCAACUCUCCAAUCCUUGAUCCACUGCCCAACCUGAAGAUCAAGGUCUAUAGUACCUCGAGUGCAGUCACUCCCCAGGACGACCUGUCUGACUUCUCAUCCAAGUUAUCCCCACAGGUAACUCAGUCUCUGCUGGAAAACGAGACCCUGAAUGUGAAGAACCAGAGUCUUGCUCGGCAAACAGACCCAUCAUGCACUGCUUUUGGCACCUUCAACUCCCUUGGGGGUCACCUGAUUAUUCCCAGUUCAGGCGUAAGUUUGCUGAUCCCUGCCGGGGCUGUUCCCCCGGGAAGAGUCUAUGAAAUGUAUUUGACAGUUCACAGGAAGGAGAACAUGAGGCCACCAGUGGAAGACAGUCAAACGCUUUUGACCCCCGUGGUGAGCUGCGGGCCUCCAGGAGCUUUGCUGACACGGCCUGUCAUUCUAACUAUGCACCAUUGCGCAGAGCCAAACACAGAGGACUGGAAGAUCCAGCUGAAGAAUCAAGCAGCCCAGGGACAGUGGGAGGAUGUGGUGAUGGUUGGAGAGGAGAACUUCACCACCCCAUGCUACAUCCAGCUAGACCCAGAAUCCUGCCAUAUCCUGACAGAAACACUUAGCACCUACGCCCUGGUGGGACAGUCAACCACCAAAGCAGCAGCAAAACGUCUCAAGCUGGCCAUCUUCGGGCCGCUCUCCUGCUCGUCGCUGGAAUACAGCAUCCGAGUCUACUGCUUGGAUGACACUCAGGAUGCCCUUAAGGAAGUUCUACAGCUGGAGAGGCAGAUGGGAGGACAGUUACUGGAAGAACCAAAGGCUCUGCAUUUUAAGGGAAGCACCCACAACCUCCGUCUGUCCAUACACGACAUUGCCCAUUCGCUCUGGAAGAGCAAAUUGCUGGCUAAAUACCAGGAAAUUCCUUUUUACCACAUCUGGAGUGGGUGUCAGAGAAAUCUACAUUGUACCUUCACCCUGGAAAGGUUCAGCCUGAGCACGCUGGAGCUGGUUUGUAAACUCUGCGUACGGCAGGUCGAAGGAGAAGGACAGAUCUUCCAACUCAACUGUACCGUGUCAGAGGAACCUACUGGCAUUGAUUAUCCUCUCAUGGAUUCAGCAAGUACCAUCACCACCAUAGUGGGACCGAGUGCUUUCAGUAUUCCCCUGCCCAUCAGACAAAAGCUCUGCAGCAGCCUUGAUGCCCCGCAGACCAGGGGCCAUGACUGGAGGAUGCUGGCCCACAAACUGAAAUUGGACAGGUACCUAAAUUAUUUUGCUACAAAAUCAAGUCCUACUGGCGUGAUCCUAGAUCUUUGGGAAGCCCAGAAUUUUCCCGAUGGCAACCUGAGCAUGUUGGCGGCAGUCCUCGAAGAAAUGGGAAGACACGAGACAGUUGUUUCUUUAGCGGCAGAAGGAAAAUAUUGAUGCAACCUCAGAAUGAAAAAGAAGGAAUGGAAAUAAGGGAGUGGUAUUGCCCUAAGAGCUACGAAUAAGAAACAAAAUGACUACCCAGAUCAAUGAGUUUCACAAAAGACAUUUCCGAGAAGAAAAAAUCAGCCCUGACUUUCACGUAUGUUCUCCUUGUACAUUAUGACAGGAUCUAAAAGAAAUCAUACAAAGUUGUACCUUGAAAAUAUAAAUCAACCUAACGUUCCCCUCAGCUUGGCUGUACACUGCUUGGUACAGGAUUUUACAGUUUCCUAGGAAACGCUUUUUAUUGCUAUCCAGAUGUAUGGAUAAACUUUCUUAACAAUCCCAGUUUCUAUGGACAUUGUUUACAUCAAAUACCGGACAGAGGUAAGGAGACUGUCCAGGGCUCUUUAUAUUUUUGUUUAAAGCCAUUCUAGACAAAGCUGUGGACAGUUGGUUGUGGCUAUUUCGGAUGAUCAACUUCCAGUGAAAUUCAGACUUUAGCUACAAAUCCGUGCAUCAACUGUCUCAAAAUAAUCCUCCCAUCAUUGUUCUGUUUCUUAGAUCUGGUUGUAAGACCAGUGUUUUGAAACGUGUGCAUCUGGAAAGCAGAUAAUCUGGGUGCUAAGCAGGAAUGCAUGUCUCUCUCCCCACCUCCCCCAAGGGAAUUCCACGGGUUCUUUGUGAAAAAUAGCUGUAGGAUUGUAGGGAAGAUAGGGAUUCAUUUUCAACUCACAAUAUAACCCGCUCCCUUCUUAAAGAAAGUGUGUGUGCGUGAGAGAGAUGCAAUUUGGAGCGUGGGUUGGGUGGAAGGAAAUAACCCUGCAGAUUCUGCUAUAAUGAUUAUUUACCAAUAAGUAUCUAGUGCAAGGAUUAUUAUUAUUUUAUUUUAAUUUCUAAUUUUGUCAGCAGUAGCAUGUAUCAUUCAAGUGUAGGCAGAACUUGUUCUCUCCCUUCUGGGACUGCGUGGGUUCUUCUAACACACUUCCUUUCAAAUGCCACCCUCCCUCCCCUUCUUCAGCCAUUGUGCUCACCCUCCAAGGCCUCAGUUUGCUGACAAGGCAUGCUCACAUGUUAGCGUACGCUGGACCAGAUCUUCCACUGGUGUAAAUUAAAGUCAAUGAUUUACACCAGCAGAGGAUCUAGUUCAAUGAGUGCCAACUAUCGCACCGUGUGAGCUUCUGCAACGCCCCCUAUUUACUAACGAUUCGAGGAGCAAACAUCUCAUUGUUAUGCUCGAAGCCGGGGCUGCCCCAUGCCAAUGCUGUGAAUACACCCUCCCAAACCAACCACACAUAGCCCUUAAUUUUCAGAAGCACGUGUAGCAACAGUAUGCAGGUACUUCUCGUGAAUUGUGGGUGCUCAGCCCCACUGAAAAUCAGUCCCUUCAAUUUUAAUCAAAGGUGUAUGUUAGUGGAGGACAGUUAUGGAACGGGGAGGCUGCUCCAUUUUAUUCUACGGGCAAAUUCUGCUGUGGGUGAUCCAUAUGGUGGAUCUUUGCUGCUGCUCUGCCUCCAUGCAGGGAAGUGCCACUGGAGACCAUGAGAGUUCCACCCCACAGGACAGUGUGGAAUGAUGGUGUUGAACUGUGCCCUACAGCGGAGCUUUCUCCUCGCUAUUUCCACACCCGCUAAAUGCUCUUCACAGUUGUCUCAGCAGUUACGGCUGGAACUCAUUACUGCUGUUGUAGAACGUACUCAUUUGUUUUCAUCCCAUGUCCCUCUUGGCCAUUUUGUCGUGCGCAAACAGCUGAUGUGGGGAGUUAGGCAAGUAAAGCUAACUGUUGUUUUUCCGGUUGCCAUUUCUUUGCAGACUCAUUUUGCUUUGUGCUUAGUGGGAAGAGUGACUCCUUUGUAUGACGCAGGGCAUAUACUUUCAAUAUUUCGUCCUAACUUUUCCUUUCACUUCCAAUGCUAGGAAAGCAUUCUCACCCAUGCCAUCGAGCCAGACCCUGGUUAUUUUAUUUAUUUAUUUAUAUUCUCACUUUGUAUUCUUCUAUGGGAUUUUUUUUUCUCCUCAGGUUUUAAAGUCUGCAUUUUUAAACGUAACUGUGGAAAUGUCAUUCGUCGAAAUGGAAGGCGAAUUUCGUCUGACCUUUUCCCCAUUUUGACAUUUCCGUAGGCUUUUUAGCUUCAGCUCAGUAUCCCUGACAGUGUAUUUAUUAAACGCAGGACAAUGUUCAUAAAACCAUUCCCUGGGUGGAGAGCAGUUUGCCAGCAACUCACAAGUGGUGAAACCCAGAUAUAGACUCAGAGGCUGGUGUGCACAGGUUCUUACCUUCAGAAUCUGCCUGCGUUUUAGUGUGGAGUACUCUCUCUGAUGCGCUUUCAACUAGAUUAUCCUUUUCAUAUGCUGCUUUAUAAUCCUGUUGUUUUCGGAACUAAUCUAAACCCCAUGGAAGUCUUUCCGUAGACUUGAGUGGGUUUUGGCUCAGUCUCACCAUUUCCUCUAGCUUUCCCCGCCACUCCCCUCUUGUCUCCAAUAUGCGUUCCUAACCUAGCCUCAUCUAUGGCCUUCUGGCUCCUUCAUUUCUCCCUCUUUAGGAAGCAGAGUCCCUGCCUUUCAGCAACAUUUUAACCAUUUUCCCACGCUCUGUUCCUCCUCAGUGGUGUAAGAGUGGUGCUGAAAGAUGUGUCCCAGUUUUCCUCCCUAAGUUACAGCUUUCAGCUCCAAACAGGUACAUCUUUCAUACUCCUCCUGCCGGGCUGCUCUUUCAGGACAGGCUGAUACGCUUUUCUGUCUCUCAGCUCCUGCCUUCCCCUCCUAGGAACAGCUUUUGUGGUAUAAACCUGUGAGAUCCUUUGAACUCGCUACUGUACAUUUUCACUCAGUAAGAAAAUCUGCAGCCUUCUCACCUUAACCAUGAGAGGAAGUUUCUGAUGGGCACAGACUAAGCUGCCUUAAACGUAAGCUUGGUGUUGGAGUGCUAGUUGCUGACGGAGUGUCUGUUCUCUGGUUUAAAAAAAAAAAAUCUACAGCUAGGUGAUUUUUGUAAGCAGUUGUGACAGCAGGUCAACACCAUUCUCCAUGUACUUCCCUUGCUUUGUCGCGAAGGGAUUGGUCAGUAGGAAAAGCUUAGCCAUAAUCUGAGGGGGGUGGAGAGUGAGUGCCUGUCCAAACUAAUAUUGCCACUUGUUGAGAAAGGUGCUCCUGACUCAGAACCGCAGUUGUGCCUAUUCUUCUUCCAGCCCCUCUGCUUGGGUGUCCAGGAAUCCGAAAAGAUCUCAAGUAAUCCAGUGUAGGGACAAAGGUGCUCUUUACUUCCCUUCCCUUGCAGUAGGUUCACAUGGGUGGCAGGGUCUAAUGACACCGUAUAGCCUUUUGGUCUAGCCUAAAUGUUUCUGUUGAAUGGUCCAACAUAAAUUAACGCUCAAGAUUAGCAAUAGGUAACCGGUUGUACUUUGCAAUCGCACCUCCUUGGAUAACUGAUUCGGGAAUCUGGUGCCCCUCUGAGUCCCAUCCAAACCUUUAGCUCUUUCUCGCUUUAACUUCCACAUCAAUUCAAGCUUCCUUUGUUUUGGGGGUUUUCUUCUGACCCCGAAAAAGGCCAAAGUGGUUCAUGGAUGGCAGAUACAUUUGCAGCUCAAAACCCAUCUUUCUAAAUUCCACUUGGAGUGCUUCACAUUCAAUAUGCAUCCGUUCCAUUCCACUGAGGAAAUGGCGGUGGGGUGUGUUUUUGGGGAAGAGAGAUACAUUUUCAAAAUCCCUUGGAUGGGAGAAAAUAGAAGCAGUCCUUACCUCUGAAUGUUUGUACACACUGCCAUCUAGUGCUAAGGACCAUACUCUUUACGGAAUACCGACACCAGCUUAAAACUCAUAAAGAUUACCUUACAUAUUACCGGAGGGAAAUACAUUUUGUGAGCUGGCUGUUUAGAAUGGCAAUUCAGUUGUGCAGACAGCACCAACUCUUAAGAACUUUCAUAACAUUUACAGUGGGUGAAUCAGCUUGUUUAAAAAAUGUCUGCAUGCUUCUUAUCCUCAACAUAUUUACUUUUUAUUUUUACUUUUUUUUCAAGAAGCUUAAUAUUUUCAUUGCCCACCUCAUGUUUUUGAGUUAUUGCAGUUUUGCUGCUCAUUAUGCCACCUCCUCAUUACAUGUUGGUUGCUAAUGAUAUAAAUAAAAUAUAUAUGUUAUAUAUAAAUAUAUGUAUAAAAAAUAUCUACAGACUUUGAAGAAAAUCUUUAAUUUCUGAUUUAAAAUCACUAUUGGAUGGAGUUGUUUUAGUCUCAUUGCUUUGAGUUCUUUUGUGUUGUUUUCCUCGUAAAGGUGGCUGUCAGAGUACUGGAUAAGUCCCGUGUAAGUUUUCCAUGCACACACAGCUGUAUCAUAUUGAACAGUAUGAGACCCGAUGAUGAUGAUUUUUAUGAACCAUGUACGUUCUGAAGCGAUUGAGGUCUCUUCAGACAGGAGUUGAUUUUGUAGGAGAUGGUUGGUGACCAAGACAGAAAUGUAAACAUUCACAGGACAUUUAGUUGUUUGGGAGGCAUAUAGAGCAAAGAUAUUUCUGUUGAUCACCUAUAGAUGUAUUUACACAGAGUAAACCUAUCGUCAUGGAUCGUGUCCUGGUGGGAUUCUUGUCUUGCUACCCAAAAUAGGAUUGGGGUUUUUUUUAACCUCUUAGACUUUGUUGUAUGUUUUAGCAGAGUAGUGACUACAGCACUUAGAUUAAUUUUAUACAAGAUAAUGCGGUUGAGUCUGUUUGAUCCUAAGUUCAGGGCACUUUGUAAACUACCUUAUUGAGCAUUUGAAAAUCUUUUCAGGUAUUUUUCUGAUUGGGUGGCUGGCCCUGAAAUGACUAGUCACCCUCAGAGGUCAGUCAAACUGAGGAUGCAAGUGGUUUAUGAAUGAAAACAGAGCCUUUACACCUUCCCCUGUGAGGGACUCCAACCAGGUAUUCACUUCAGGGUCACCCUUAUUGCUAUUUCUCAUCUCUAUUUUGAGCAUUUAGCUUGCAAAAUUUUGUAAGGCACGUUGCAGUAUUAUGUUCCCAUCAAGGUGGGGAUUUCACAUGAAUGCAAAGUUGAAGGGCAAUAAAGGAUAUUUAUUAUAAGUGCUACAAGCCCUUAGCUAUUAUGGCAGAUAAGGGUGGUUGAAUAAGCGAUUCCUACUUCCUCACAGCCUAGCUGCUGCUUUGGAAAGGACUCUACAGUGAAGUUACAAUCCCUUGUCUGCACGCUCCAUUUCAUUCCAAUGGAAAAAAAGUGAAAGCGAUGUCCCAAAAUUCAGCGUUUAGCAUCACUGCAAGCUCAGGUAAGCAGAGCUGUGGCAGGAGGGAGGUAAUGGUUUCAGUACUAAGAGCGUUGGUAACUGCCAAGAUAAUGCAUGGAGAUGGGCCCUCACUAAACCCCCAGAACUGAACACUCUGUCUGGUGGCGUGAGCUCAUCUCUGGCUACAAACUCAUUCACUUACCCCCCAUUUAAGCUUGGUAUGUCUCAAAGUCCCUCUUCAAGCAAUGCCUAUACAAAAAAUAUAAAUAAUUUCACUCAUCUCUAUAGGUGAAAGGGGUAUUUAGCAUUUCUUAUGAUGUCAGUGAAAGUGUACAUUACAUUAGUGGGUUAGUUUUUGCUACUGUUUACAGAGAAAUUAAUUGCUAUGUGUGUAUUGUACUCUGGAUUUGACCUUCUCAUUGCAGGAGACUCAAUAGUUCUAGCACCAAGCUAACUGCUGGGUUUUCUUUUAAGAACCCAGAUGUCACAUCAUUCAAAGCAGGAUAUUGAUUUCUGGAUGAAAAUUUUGAUUUCUGGUGGCAUCCAGGGGCAGAACAAGGCUUAGCGGAGAACAGCUAGCUUUGUUUGCCAGAGCUUAGGUGGCCAUUUCCACCGAUCUACAGGAAUGUGUAAACCAAGGAUCCUAAAAAGAAAUAAGCCUGCAAAAUAAACAAGACUAUAAAGAGCGAACUACAUGGUAGGCUCUCAUUCUCCAACCCCUGCAUCAACCACCAACCCCUCCAGAGCAGGACAUAAAACACGAUCAGUAUUGAGCAUUUGUUCUCCCCAGCUGUAGUACAGGAUGUACAUGUUUGACUUCAUUUAGUAAAAUGCCCUCUUUCCGUUUAAUACUGAAUAGUGACACGCAGCUCACCCAGUCAAUACCUUUUUAAAACACAGAGGUCUCUAACAAAGGAAAAUCUUGCAUGGCCUAUGCUUUGAAGGUAUGUCACAGUUCCACUACAGACACGUUACUUAAGGUUGUGGAAAUUUGGUUUUUUUGCGUGAUGUUUCGAUACCAAGAUGUAUUUUGUUUGGUUUUCAUUUUCCUGUUGCUGUAUCUUCUAUGCAAUUCCUUUUCUAAAGAAUUACUAACAGAGAAGUGCUAGCCAUUGCAUUAUUUGUAUUGCUGUACAGUGGAGGUGUGGUUUACUAGUUCUGAGUGUGCCUCUUCUCCCUUUUUUCUCCUUCCCUCUGUUUGUAAAUGCCUGCAUUUAUUUUGUCAGCCUGACAUGUACAAAGUGUAAGAAAGAAUUUUUAAACAGGUAAUAAAUUAUAUUUAUAAGCAACUAGAAAAAACAA